AUGUACACUAAAGCAUCCGAGCGGGAGAAGUUCAAAGCGUUAAGAGAUCACCAUAUGAAUUAUGACACCUACAUGUCCCGUUCUUCAACCCUGCAGAAUGAUUUCUUAUGGUGGGAAUCAGCAAUUCAAAACGCUCAUAAUGACAUACGUUUUGACAACUACGACCUUGUAAUUUAUACUGACGCGUCUCUUACUGGCUGGGGAGUCUGUUGCGACGAAGAGAAGACACAGGGUUGGUGGACUGCUACUGAAUCACAACAUCACAUAAAUUAUCUAGAACUCUUGGCAAUUGCUUACGCAUUAAAAUCCCUUGCAAAGUAUAAAGAAUCUUGCAGCAUUUUAAUCAGAACGGAUAAUACAACUGUAUUAUCAUACAUAAACCGCAUGGGCAGUAUACAAUACCCAGCGCUGUCUAACCUAGCAAGAGAUAUUUGGGAAUUUUGCGAAGAAAGAAAUUUAUGGUUUUUUGCUUCAAUGAUUAACUCGGGGAAAGAUACAGUAGCAGAUUCGGAAGUUCGGGUCGCGUGCUGCGUGGCGCGGACGAACCUUCAACAAGUUCGGGUCACGAGCUGCGUGCCGCUUCCCGAGGAAACCGAAUAUGAGUUGUCGGACGGAGCCUUCAACCAAAUCACGUUACGAUUUGGUGCUCCACAAAUUGAUUUCUUUGCUUCUAAAGCUAACCACAAGUGUCGAAGAUACGUAUCUCUACUGCGCGAUCCCGAAUCAGAACAUGUCGAUGCUUUCACAAUUCCAUGGACAGGCUUCUUCUUUUACGCCUUCCCUCCAUUUUGUUUAAUUUUGAGAUGCCUCAACAGAAUUGUGAAUGCCCAAGCGGAGGGCAUUAUGGUUGUGCCUUUCUGGCCCACACAACCUUGGCAUUCCAUUUUCUUGAAGUUACUUACACAAGAGCCUCUACGUUUGCGCCAAGUUCAGCUUACCAUGGUGGCAGGACUUUUAUCAGCCAAGCAUUUAGUUUCCGAAAUGUCCCUGAGGAAGCCAUAA